GACAGGCUCUGAGGUGCUGCUGUGGCUGCGGCCGUAGGGCUGAGGCGGGUGGGAGCCGGAGCCGAGCGCGGGCUGAGGGAGGAGGGCGGCGACUGGAGAGCGGCGAGCGGCGCGGGACCCGGAGCCUCUUUCACUUUUUCCCUCCCGAGUGCCCCCUCCCCACCCUCCCACUCCACACACACCCUGUUUGCCCGUGAGCCUGGGGAACUUGCAGCUUAAAGCCAGCCACCCCCACGGCAACAUGUACCCCAGCAACAAGAAGAAAAAGGUGUGGAGAGAGGAGAAAGAACGUUUGCUGAAGAUGACCAUAGAGGAGAGACGCAAAGAAUACAUAAGGGAUUAUGUUCCCCUGAACACCAUCCCAUCGUGGAAAGAGGAGAUGAAGGGCAAGAGCCAAAAUGAUGAAGAAAAUACUCAGGAACCAUCACAGGUGAAGAAAAGUUUGAGUGAGAAAGUUUCUCUGUAUAGAGGUGACAUCACAUUGCUAGAGGUGGAUGCUAUAGUCAAUGCGGCAAAUGCCAGUCUUCUUGGAGGUGGAGGUGUGGAUGGCUGUAUUCACAGGGCAGCUGGGCCCUGUCUGCUCGCUGAGUGUCGGAACCUGAACGGCUGUGACACUGGACGUGCAAAGAUCACGUGUGGCUAUGACCUGCCUGCAAAAUCUGCCAUGGAAAGGCUGAUUGGCAAUUACAGCCAAGGCAUCUGUCACGCUUGGCUUUCAGGAAAAGCCAAUGGAAUGUGGUUGUCAGAGUGA